AUGCCGAAACAUCCCUCUUCACCAUCACAAUCCCCAUCGCAAUCACACUCGCUUUCGCCUCCAGCACUUGACCAACAACAAUCGUCUCCUCGCUUCGAACUCGGUAACAACUCUCACUCGAAUUUCCACAACGCUUCACAAUCACCACAACCACAACAGCAUGACGACAUUUCGCACUCGCCAUCUCAAACCGCAUCAGCUUCAGGAUCAGGCUUGAAUUCUACUUCGAGACACGAUGCAGAUACAGCCACCUUUACUGGAUCUAAGAACGUCGAUACGCGUACUGGAAAGAGAAGAUACGCAGCAUCGUGCGAGACUUGUAGGCGCAGGAAGAGGAGAUGCGAUGGGAAGGGAGAGAAUGGAGAGAGUCUGUGUAAGUUCUGUCCUCAGGCGGGGAUUCCGUGUGUAUUCCCAAGGUCCGGAGAAGCCUCGAGGCUCGAAAGCGCCAUCGCUACGGCAGCAGCUUCCCAGUCUUUCAUCGAACAGCUCGCGAGCGCUGGAGAUGAUGACCGCGAGCGGAUGCUCAUGGAGUGGAUGAAGCAGCGCGAUGACGGCGAGGUCAGCAAGCCGAUUGUGUCGACGAGGAAGCGAAGAACGUUGGUGGAGAAGGAGGAGGUCGAGGAGGACAAGUUGGAUGAGAGCAGCAGUCUUCCCGAGACCAGUGCAGAGUCCACCAAAACCUCAAAUAUCAUCGCCGUCUUUGACCGAGCAGCAGACGAAGAUUCGUCCGUCAAGGAGACUGCUGCUCUACGCCAGGACGCACUCAAUCGACUACUUGCGGUCGCCGUCAAUAGCUUUUCGGAAUUCCGUAUUCCUACCUUAGCGGAAAGCCAGUUGAUGAUGGAGAGCUACCUCUGCUGGCAGAAUCCUCGGUACGAGGUGAUUUAUCGACCUGCUUUCGAAGAAAGCCUCCAUACCAGCGAACCCACGUUCUGUAACGACUUCCUCCUAUGGUGUAUUUACUCCCAAGCAUCAAGACAUAUACCAGAGAUGCGAGAUCGGCUACAUGAGUUUGCAGCGAGAGCCCAUUUGCUCCUGGCGGUCGAGCUCAGUAGGCCAAGCGCGAUCGCGACUGUUCAAGGUCUCCUCCUCAUUUCUGGCCACAAUGCGGCUGAGGGCCUGUACUCUCAGGCAUGGGUCAUGGCUGGCUAUGCGUUCCGAAUGAUCGAAGACCUUGGAUGGGAGCGUCCGAAUCGCAGCUAUGAAGGCCUGCUGGAGAAGCUACGGACGGCCGAAUUAUGCACGUAUUGGGCGGCAUAUACAUGGGACAAGACCCUAUCCUUAUCCCUAGCCAAAAAGCCUACCUUGAGGCCGAAAGAAAAGCCCUCACUUCCGCCUGUCGAUGAUGGAGGAACCUCGUGGAAACCAUUCUAUUCGGACAUGCAGUGGGCUGAGUUUACGACAAAGCCGUACUCUGGUGCCCAAGCGUCGUUCGAGAUGAGAUGCUUCCGAUAUUCGUGCUCACUCUACCAGUUCCUCGACGAAGUACUCGAGCACGUUUACUCCAUCAAAGAGUCACGCCUCCUCCAAGCUCGCGAUUUCGUUCUUAGUAUGCGAGAUCGCAUGAUAGCGUGGCAAGCUCAGGUGCCCGUCGAAAUUCUCCUUGACGCGGACAACCUUCCACCGGUGUCGCCACCGGCGCACGUCAUACAGUUCAAUCUUUUGGUCCACACGAUUUGGAUCCUCCUCUACCGCCCCUUCGCCCAAACCGGCUCCCUCGCCGUCCCAUACGCCGCCACAGCGUGCCGAAAGUCUGCCCAAGAUAUUGCCGCCUGCCUCCGCCUCUUCAAGAAUUCAUUCUCCGUCGCUCGGUCUACUUACCUAGCUACCUGCGUCCCGAUGCUACGUAGUAGUAUCGCUUUUUUCGACGGAGCGCCUAACGGGGCCCCCAUACCCUUGUGA